GCAUAAAUGGCGUAUGAACUUGGAGAACAUGGAGUUCAGCUUCUUUGUUUCCAAUGGCGAGCUAGCUUAAAUUUACAACAAGUCCUUGUAGAGGACCUAUUUGUAAACAGUGAGAAACGUGUGGACUUCGAUGAAAUUAAGAUUUGGGAUAAAAAUGCAAUCUUUGGAGAUGAGAGAGAGAUGGAGAUGAAGAAGGCCAUCGUGGUCGGAGGGAGCAUUGCGGGCUUGUCCUGCGCUCAUGCUUUAAUCGCCGCUGGAUGGACGCCGGUGGUGAUCGAGAAGUCGGCAGCACCGCCGGACGGAAGCCCAACCGGCGCCGGUCUCUGUCUCGACCCUCAAGCUCUCCGUCUCCUCAACCUUUGGAUCAAAGACUCAAACCUGCUCCAUUCCUCCACGCUGCCCCUCUCCAUCGAUUUGAAUCAAGUGACUGAUAGUGAGAAGAAGAUAAGCUGGGAUUUGGCCAAAGAUGAGAACUUUGGGUUCAGAGCUGCACACUGGGCUGAUCUUCAUAAGAUUAUAUACAAAGCUUUGCCAGCAAAUAUCAUUCUUUGGGGUCACCAGUUCAUUUCCUUUGAAGUUUCUGAUGAUAAGGCUGCAGUUAAGGUUAAAGCCAGAGCUUUUGAAACUGGAGACAUGGUAGAGAUUGUUGGGGAUCUCUUGGUUGCUGCUGAUGGAUGUUUGUCAUCAAUCCGAAGACAUUUCUUUCCUGAUUUUAAACUAAGGUAUUCAGGUUACUCAGCAUGGAGAGGAGUUCUUGAUUGUUCAGGCCAAGAACAUGCUGAGAUUAUUAGCAAUCUCAGAAAAGCUUAUCCAGAGUUUGGACAGUGUUUGUACUUUGAUCUUGCUGAUAGAACUCAUUGUGUGCUGUAUGAGCUUAAAAACAAGAGGAUCAAUUGGAUUUGGUACAUCAACAUGCCAGAACCAGAGCUGAAGCAGGGAAGCUCAGUAACGAUGAAGGUGAAUGAUGAGAUGAUUGAGAACAUGCAUGAAGAAGCUGAGAAAGUUUGGGUACCAGAACUAGCAAGAGUGAUGAGAGAAACAAAGGAUCCUUUCAUCAAUGUAAUAUAUGACAGUAAUCCACUUCCACAGCUUUUUUGGGACAAUGUGGUGUUGGUUGGAGAUGCAGCUCAUCCAACAACUCCUCAUGGAGUGAGAAGCACCAACAUGUCCAUUUUAGAUGCUGGAAUUCUUGGUCAUUGUCUUGGCAAGUGGGGAUCCAAGAACAUAGACUCUGCUCUCAGGGAAUUCCAAGCAAUUCGGCUGCCGGUUGUCUCAGAGCAAGUUCUGCAUGCACGGCAGAUGGGGAGAAUGAAGCAGGGAUUGGUUUCUUUCAAUCCAAAAGAAGCAACUUUAGAGGAAUGCCUACUGCUUCUGCAGAGAAGUAUGCCAUACUUUGAAGGUGUUCCUUUUCCAAUUUGAUUCUUUCCUGUUGUAAAAUAUAUUACUGUUCUAUGCUAGUACUGUUCUGUGUUUAAAUUUUAUUUGUCACACUAGUCAAAGUGAUAACAAAGAACACAAUGUGCUUUUUUCUUCUUUCUUUUUUAUAAAGAGGACUCCAAAAGGGCCUGGUUCAUGAGUUGGGACA